GCUCUUUGCCUCGGAGAUCCAUUGUCCUCUUCGCCUCUUCCAUCGGCCGGUUUAUCUUCACAUUUUCGGCCAACUGAUCCAUCUUUGCCCGGGCUUGCUUCAUCAGACACUGGAGUCACCCUAUGGUCUAAUAUUUUGCCUGAACUCAGCUUACCUGAAAAGCAUAUAGUCAAUUCAAGCAAGCCUGCUACAAAAUCUUCAAAGUCAUUUUCUACACCGCUGCCAUUCACAUUUCGAGAAUUUAGUGGGCUCAGUCUUGGAUCCAGUCAUACACUCGUCUCCAUCACGAUCUGGCUGCCCAAGUCUCUGCUUACCAAAUAUCAAGCCGCUAUUGAUGAGCUGCAGCGUUACAAACAGAUAUCAACGAAUAGUGGGCUAUUUCCGUUAUCUUUAGCCGACUUUCGACACGGCCGGGUCGGGAGCGCUUACCCAGCGUCUGGCCCCUCGGGCUUGGCUAGAAAUUUCCCAUUGCAGAAUGGCUCUUCAGCAGAUAAAAUGGCCAAAAGCUCAACAACGAUACAAACUGACACUCAGGUUGCACCCAGGUCGCUGAUCCUUUGGUUGAACCGAACCAGUCGUACCGAUGUUUUCUUGGCUUCCACGAUACCUAGAAGCUACGUCCAGAUCUAUGGUGCGUCUAAACGUCUAUUUCCUGAUUUUAGCGCAUGGUGUAAAUUUUUCAGAUCAACAAAUUUCUUAUAA